UUAUGGAGCAUGAGAAACGGAGACAGACAUCGUUGCUUUAAUUGCCCAAUCUCAACCAGCGCCUAGGCCUAGGUCAGUCCCCACCAGAUUCCAGAUUGCCAGCGCACUCCACUCCGCUCCGCUCCAUAAUUAAUUUAAUAAAAUGUAAAGCAGCCAGCUGAAAAACUUGACUCAUUCUCGGCGCUCAGAAGCGACUUUGAGCGCGAUCCGCGGUCGGUUGACUCACAGACUUGAGUUCAACUCGUUUUUGUGGCAUUCAACGGCAAGCGAAUAAAAGUUCGCCGCCUCGAUAUUCUAUGAUCAGUUUACAGUCUCAACUUCACCAGGCCCAGGUGUUCCAGUUUCGCUUGAAGUGCUUCUCUCCGAGGAUUAGCCCCUGAAAUAAUAAGUCCACACCAAACACCCAGUCAUGCUGACCGCCUGCCAAGUAACGCUGCUCGCUGGAUGCCUGGCCCUGGCCACCAGCUCGGUUCGGGCCCAGUUCUUCUACCACCAGGCGCUGGGCCAGCCGGCUGCACGCGCCUACGAGCCGGCCAACCAGUACCAGGGCUAUGCCACCGCGGAUGCCCAUCCAUCGGUGGUCCGGAAUGCCCAGUGGGAGUCGGAACUGCCCGCCGAACUGUCGAAGAGUGCUCGGUUCUACAGUGAUCCCGUGAUCGCCGCCAACCUGGCCAAGGAAUCGCUGCUGACGAAGAAGGAAAUGGCAGUGGUGCAUCGCGAGGCCGAGAAGAUUCCGCGGGAAAUGGUCUACAAGCUGUUCAAGAACGCCGGCUACCUGAAUCGCAGAUAG